AUGGAAGCGUUGUAUGACUCCAAGACGAGUUCUCCAGGGAUCCAUGGCGUCGCGUAUGGAGGUAGAUCAACAAUUUACCAAGAGCCCAUCUCUGCAAGCACUUCCAGUAAGCCAGAGAUGAAAAAUAAGUUCUCCUCGCCUCCAAUUAAUACGGCGGCAACUACGCCGGACAUACUGCGAUCAGCCAGGAUAUCGACUUCGACUUCGACUUCUUCUUCCGCUUCCACAUCGUCAUCAUCGUCUCAAGCUUCCUCGUUGUUCUCAUGUAGCAGCAACAUUAUCAACAACACCAACAAUAACACCGAUGAAAUUGGUUCGCAUGAUCCCCAUGAAUUGAACUAUACUGCGACUCCGCCAACUCCACUGGCCUCAAUUGGCUUAUCUUCCCCCGUCCCUUCGUUUACCGAACAGACAUCUUUGGGCAAACGAAAGCGCACCAACAGUAGAUCCGCCAACUAUCGAGAUAACAAAAGCAGUGCUAUUAGUGGUGGUAGUACCAGUGGUAGCAAUUUGACAUCAACUGAUAAGACGUUAGAGAUCAAUUAUAAUAAUACCUGCCAAGACUACUUGCAGCUUAUUGAACCAAACCCAGUAUCGCCUCCUUCUUAUGAUACGUUGCCUCCAGGCGGAUGUCCCAGGUUUCCAGUACUGCAACCAUUGCCUUUGAUGUAUCACUACAAUUCCAGUUCCAUUGCAGAUUCACCAUCACCAACUUUAGUGACAGCAACCAACAAAUUCUCCACAUCUACUUCGACUCCAGCUUCAUUUCCAAUGCCCAUCACCGAUCAAAAGAAAACGAGCCCGGGUGAUAAUCAUAAUAAUAACAAUAAUAAUAACAAUAUUGAUUUAUUAUCGCUGCGUGGCAAGGUAAGUCCAGUGAUAGGGUCGCUGCUACCAAUUUGCACCAGUUGCGAAUCAAAGCCACCAAUUUACUCACCAAGCGUUUACAAAAUUGGUGUUGUUUCCCGCAAAUUGGAAUGGAUCAACCCGUAUGAGUUGUCUUCGAAUAGAAGUUGGAAGAGUUUGAUUAUCGAAUUGAACUCGACCCAGUUAAACUUUUACGCCAUACCAAGUCAUUUGGAGCCACAGUUUUCAUCGUUUCAGGAGAACCCGGCGCUGACCAAGAAGACUGACUUUAUCGAUUCCAUCUUUACCACGGACUAUGACCACCAAUUCUUUGAUUUUGCAAGCGCAUGUGGACUCUUGGACUCGAGCGAUUUGGCCAGCUCCAGCUCCUCCAGUUUCAGCUCCAGUUUCAGCUCCAGUUUUAGCUCGAGCGCGGGGAAAGAAGCAGCCAAAAAGAAGACAUUGGUUCGAUCGUAUUCUCUCCAGCAUGCCAAGUUGGGCUUAGCCACCGACUAUAAGAAGCGUGCCAAUGUUUUGAGGAUGAGGAUCGAGAAUGAGCAGAUUCUCUUGAACUUCAACACAGUGCAGGACUUGAUUGAAUGGAACAUGAUGAUCAACAUGGGCAAGGACGUUGCCGUGGAUAUAAAUGAAAGAGAGCUCCCAAGAUAUAGAACAGUGCCUCGCAGGAGAAGAAGAAAUAGAGAUCGACACGCAAGUGCUUCUCCCGAACCAUCUGUGGCAAGCAGGCUUAGAGCUGCUUCCGACCCAGGCAACAAAUUGAAGGGCAAAUUUAGUAAAUUAAUGUCUAAAAUCUCAAGCACAAAACAAAGAGGAAACAGUCUUGGCGGUGAUCCAUCUUCUAGCCCUGCGAGAGUUCCAUUUAGCCCAUACAAUCCACGCAGUCAUCCAUCAUCGUCGUCGUCAUCAUCAUCAUCAGCAGCAGCAGCAGCAGGCGCAUGGACACCAUUGGCGGUUCAUAGAUCAAGAUCCGAAACGAAUUUAGCAGACACCGGUUCGGGCUCAUCGCUGAGAAGAAGUUCAUCGGCGUUCAACAGAAGAACUUCACCGGGAGAUGAGUCUGAUACAUACUACAAUGACGACGACGACGACGUCGAUGACGAUGACUCUGAUGAGGAGUUGGAAGAAGUCUUGCAAAGAUCACGAGUUGAGACCCUGAUGAACAGACGCAACACCAACACUAGUGCUAGCAGUAGCUGCAACAAUAACUGCAACACCAACAGAAACAAUCACCAUAGAAGUAGCAACAACAACGACGACGAAGACGACGUGCAGAAUAUCUCAGACAUUCCACUUUCCGACGACGAGGAAGAGGGAGAAGAAGACGACGACGACGACGACGAAUUUAAUGAUGAGUAUCACGGUUCAAACCGUGUCCAAGGUGCCAACCACCGCGCAUUCACCUCGUCGUCUCGCCACAGGCAUAAUCUCAGCUACAGCAGUCAGGCCGACUUCAAAUGGAACCCCCAGUUUCAAAAAGGUCAAAGCAAACGCAAGUACUACCGCAGCUGCUUGCGCUGCAUCAAGCCCUUGACGAUGGAGGAUACUUGGGUCAGCAAGUCGUUGGUCAAACCUACUACAUUGUCUCCUCUCAAUAUGGCUUACUUGAGGGUGGUGAAGUACGCGGGGCCAAAUGGCGAGUUGAUUUCGAGUCGCUCUUCGAGUGCAAGUCUCGUGUCGCUCAAUAAAAAAAAUGGCGGGAACUUGUUCAAAGAGGGCAGUGGGGUCAUGUUGCCCGAUACUGCGUUGACGAGAAUCCCUAAUCAUUUCUUGAAGGAGUAUUGUGUCGGGAGCCACGGGUUGAUACCGAGGGAAAUCAUCUAG